UCUGGCAUGACGAGAAGAACAGUUAAAUGAUUUACAACGGUUUAUAAAGCGAAACGGUGUUCUGCAAUGUGCUCAAUGGAUUUUAUAUUUAUGUGCUGGAUUCCUCUACUGUGCUUCACAGGAUGGUCAGAAGAAGUGCAGGUAACAGCGCUUGACAAAAAGAAAAUCUCCAUGCUGUUCCAGUCUGUUACCCUUCGCUGCAAAUUUUCCACAUCCUCUACACAACCUCCAGUGGUGCAGUGGUGGUACAAGUCAUUUUGUCAGGACCGCACUUUGGAUGCUUUUAGCUUCUCUGAUUCUAACAAGAUUUCAGAGCCUUCUUCCUUACCCAGUUUGGAAUGUCCAGAUACCAGCAGGACAGUGCGGCCUGUAGCAUCUCGGCAGGGACUUGGAGUCACCCUGGGAGAGUAUUACAAGGGCAGAGACAUCACCAUUACAAAUAAUGCUGACCUCCAAAUUGGAGAGCUCCAAUGGGGGGACAGUGGUGUAUAUUACUGCAAAGUAGUUGUUCCAGAUGACUUAAUGGGACAAAAUGAAGAUAAGAUGGAACUCUUGGUCUUGGGUAAGACAGGGGUGCUUGGUGAUCUCUUGCCCAAUUUUGAUGUGGAGUAUAUGCCAGAAUGGGUAUUUGUGGGUGUGGUGAUCUUGGGAGCCUUCACUUUCAUCCUCUUCAUUGGUAUUUGCUGGUGCCAAUGCUGCCCUCACAGUUGCUGUUGCUAUGUGCAGUGUCCAUGUUGUCCGGAAUCCUGCUGUUGUCCCCGACAUUUGUACGAAGCUGGGAAGGCAAUAAAAACCGGAGCCAUCCCACAUCUUCCAGUUGUUUACCCCCCUUACUAUGUGCCUAAUGUACCACUGGCCACCAUUGGGCCUCCGUCAAUAAUUGAACAAAAACGACAACCUCCAGUCAAGGAGAACAGUGUGAUAGAGGCUCAGCGUGGAUAUGGAAUACAAGGCUGCAUUGAUCAGGAUCCUAUGAAGGUUCUAUAUUAUGUAGAAAAGGAGCUUAACCAGCUUGACUCAGGAAAGAGAACAUAUGAAAAAUCCAGCAACAUGUCAGAGCUGAGUUCGCUGCAUGAAGGAAAUUCAGAUUUCCGUCAGUCUUAUCGACUUGUGCAUAAGAAGGCUCUGCCACCCAUCAGCGACCGUGAGGAAGACCCUGAUUUUGAAGUCUCCUCCUCCUCCUAUGCACGCCGAUCGGCCCGCUACCCUAACAGAAUUAACCGAGCUGAGGAACAGUACCACAGCAGCAGGUGGAAGCCCAGAUCAGAACAUCUUCAAAGGAAAACAUUGCAAGCCAGUGGACGCACAGGGUCUCUUGAUGAAUUAGAAGAAUUUGCUCAAUCCUACGAUCAGAAAGGGAGGCGCAUGUACCAUGAACCUGACCAGGACCGGGAGUAUGAGCAAGACUGCUACCCUCCUUCCUUUAGAGAUCAUCAUUACCAUGAGGAAAAACAGAUGCACCCCCAUAUGGACCAGUAUGCAUACCAGGACACUUUUCCAGAUGACUAUUACAGUAAAAGAGGCAGAAGCCCAGAUGGCUUUUAUGAGUCAGACAGAGGACGCCAUUAUAAACCUCCUUCACCAAAGAGGAGAGAGCCCAUUGACAAUUACCCACUUCAAAAUUCAUGUGGGAACCGGGCUUAUGAUAAUACCUUCUUAACAAGUGUUUUAGAAAGGAAGGCCAGAGGUCGGCAUCUAGAGGAGAACUACAAUAGUGAGACUCCCUCAAAAUCCAGUUCCAAAAAGAGCAAUGACUUUUCACAUAGCCGAUCUCCUAUUUACCGUCCUGAAGAGGAAGACUCUUUGCCGCCUUACUCAGAAAGGGAGGCUGAGAGGCAUAAGCCAACAGUGGCCUCAGCCAGGCCUUUCUGCUACACCAGGGACAACACACAUCAAAGCAGCCUGCAUUUGAUGCAUGAGAGGAGAGACAGGGAGAAAUUCAGAAAAAUGAACACUAUACCAAGCAGAGAUUCUCUCGUCGUUUGAAGCCAAAACAUCCUAAGAUAACAAAUGAGGGAUUUCUAUGGUCUUUAGAGGACUGAAGCUACCAGAAUUUAAAGGAUUAGUGAGUAUGUCAAAGAUGGACUCAUUUGGAAUUUUGCAACAGCAAGUGAGAGACUAUGAAUAAUUAAAACAACAAUCGGGCCACAAAAUCUAGGUGCUACAUCAAAUGGUAAACGUUACGCACAGUUAACAUCAGUAAGAAAAUCCUCGCCUUGGACUUGGCAUGGGCACCUCUUCUAAUUAUGAUUGCUUGAAUGUUUUAUUUUGCUAAAGAGUAUAUGAGAAUCAUUUGAAAGAAGGUAGUGGUUGACUGCCAAAAAACCUGUCACAGUUUGCUUGUUAUUUUUAUUUUUGACUCUUUUAUGCCUUUUAUGUCUGUUACUUUGUGAAUAAGUAACUGAUUCACUUUAAUUGGCUUCGGAAAUGUUGAUUUCAGGUGCUGUUAAUGUGUAACUAGUAUGGCAGGAAAAUAAACCAUGAACCUGAAGAUGACAUGUAUGGAGGCCAAAUCUUAACUGUCAGCAUUUUAACCAAUGAUGUGUGAGCGCUCGCUCACAAACAAGAGUCCAGCUUGAAGGAUGGUAAAAUAUCAGAGGGACAACUGCUUGUGGACUGAGCAGAGCAGAUUAUGACAAAGCAGGGUUAAUGGUUUGAAAUACUUGAUUAUCAGCCUUUUGAGAGAGUCAGCAUUUCAUGAGAGGAGAUAGAUGAGAUUUAGGGCCCAUGAGGCUUGGUCAGUAUUCAAACAAAAUACAUUUAAAAAACAUAUUUCUUUCUUGCUGGUGUUUAGAAAGGGAAUAGCAGCAGUUGAAAUGCUUAUCUCUUCAUGUGUCAAUAAGUGGUUUGGGAUGGGGGGGAGGUCAAGGACAGCAGAAACUCAGCACACAAGAAGUUGUCUGUUUUAUUAUAAACUCUUUUAGUAAUAUUACUAUUAUGGUAAAUAGAGCUAUUCAUCUUGUUUAUUUUAUGACUCAGUUAUUGCAAUAAUCUUUUGCAGUUAUUUUUUAAGUUAUACAGAUUGUCGUUUUUGUACUAAAUGCUUUUAGUCAUCUGUUGAACUAUUUUCUGAACUCUUUUACUCAGUAUGGAUUGCAGGUGGUGGGAGCCUAGCCUAGUAGCAAUGGGCACAAGGUAGGAUUAUACCCUGAGUGCAGAAUAAUAAUAAUAAUUCAUUACAUUUAUAUAGCGCUUUUCUCAGUACUCAAAGCGCUAUCCACACAGGGAGGAACCGGGAAGCAAACCCACAAUCUUCCACAGUCUCCUUACUGCAAAGCAGCAGCACUACCACUGCGCAACCUGUGAGGACACUGAAGCACUGUAACCAAUUAUCUCUCAUGGUUUGAAUUAUUUAUUGACCAUUUUAUUUAAGUAAAACAAAUUUGGAAGUAGUAGUAGUAGAGCAAUAUAGAUUAAACAGAUAAAUGUAGGAAGGUUUAUGACAUGCAGCUAUUAAAAAAAAACCUACUUGUAUAACAUAUUAUCAGUAACAUCACUGGCAAGCACCACAGAUUUGGGCAAAACAUUUACUACAUAAUAAAGCCAGAUCAGUAAAAUAGGUCAGAAGAAUCACAUUUUAUUAAGUGUAUUUUUUUUCUUUUUAUUUGUUUUAUGAAUGAAAACAGGACUCCACAAGAACAAAGAAUACCCAAUAGAAUACUGAAGGCACAUGCACACUGGUUGUUUGAGGCAGUCGGAAUAUACUAUAAAAAACUUUACAACCCCAUUCAUAAAUAUAACUAAAAUGAAUUUGUGUACUUUAGACUUGAACAUGUAUAUAUGUUUAAAAAUAAAUGUUGUGUACUGAGCAGCAUAAAUUAUAGCAGAGUUUGGGUUGUUAAUUAAAAUGUGUCAUCGUUGUUACUCUUAAAUUAAAUAUUCAAAGAAUAAAUACUGUAUGUGUGUAUCGAUUCCAUCUUACUGGUAUUCUCUGGUUAAACCAUGUGAACAUUCAUCUUGCAAAUAUAACAGAAGGAAAUUGUCAUGAUCUGGCAUUUAUUUAUUUUAAUUUACAGUUUCACCCUGCCCUCUAAAAGUAAUUGAAACUUCUUUUCAGGGUUUUAA